UUUCUUGUAAUGAUAAUCAAUCCACUUAACAAAGCCAAGUAGGACAUUCUAGGCAUAUAGAAACCAAUAAUUUCUUACUUAUUCAAAGUGAAAGGUUCCACAAGAAAGACACCACAAACCAUCUAAUCCUUCAUUCAAAGACCAGAAAUUCUCAAAAACAAAGUUUUUCAUGUUUAUGGAGCUUCACAGAAACUACUCAUCCUCUCAUGGCACCAUUUCCUUUUCAUCUUUAAACCUCUCUUCUAUCUUCUUUUACUUCCUGCUGUCAUCUUCAAUCUUUUCUCUUGGUCAUGUAAAUGGUUAUAUGUUUAUCUAUGGAGGUUGUUCACAAGAUAGAUACCCACCAGACUCUCCUUUUGAAGUACACCUCAACUCUUUACUAUCUUCAAUCGUUAGUUCAUCUUCUCAGUUUUCUUACAACGCUUUCGCUAUCGGUAACAGUAGUACACCCGACAGUAACGCCGCGUACGGCUUAUAUCAAUGCAGAGGUGACUUGAAACUUCACGACUGCACAAGUUGUGUUCAGAAUGCAGUUGGACAAAUAAAUUUGGUAUGUCCAAAUUCUUUUGCAGCUGGUUUGCAGUUAGACUCUUGUUAUGUCAGAUACGAAAAUAUUGAUUUCUUGGGUAAACCCGAUACGGCGAUCUUAUAUAAAAAGUGCAGCAGAAGUACUAGUGAUGAUGUUGAAUUCUAUAAGAGAAGAGAUGACGUUCUUGCGGAACUGCAAGCAGCUACAAGUUUUCGUGUUGCUAGUUUAGGGAUGGUGGAAGGUUUUGCUCAAUGUUUAGGUGACUUGAGUCCAUCUGAUUGUUCAUCAUGUCUUUCUGAAGCUGUUUCGAAGCUGAAAAACACUUGUGGCUCCGCAUCAGCAGUGGAUAUUUACUUGGGACAGUGUUAUGCUCGGUAUUGGGCUUCCGGAUACUACAAUUCCUCAGAUUCUUCGAGUGAGGACAAUGUUGGGAGAACCGUUGCCAUAAUAGUGGGCGUACUUGCAGGUGUUGCAGUGAUCAUCGUGCUCCUCUCAUUUUUACGCAAAGCACUCGGGUAAGAUGACAAAAUGUGCAGGAUGAUUGUGUCAUGAUUCCAUUUUGUUGUUGGAGAUGGUAAUUCUUCUGUAAAAUGUUCUUUCUAUUGAUUUUUCCCAUCUAUAUAAUACAGUGUAGUGCAACUAAGUGGUUGCUUUGUCUUUCUUUUUUCCCGUGGGGUAUAAAGUAUUCUGCUAGUGCCCAUGCUUUUCAAAAGAAGCCCUACAAUUAGGCUAUUCAUAUUAUUUUGAGAGAUACCAACCAAUUCUG